CCCGUAGUUUUGAGCCGUAGUUUUGAUGGUGGUUUGACUUUUCAGUUUUGUUUUGAUUUUGACUUCAUUUCAUGCAUUUCAAUUUUGAACGGCGUUUGAGAGUUGGAUGUGUAAUGCCAACCAUCGAGACCUUUUACUAAUCAGUUUGCUUCUUCAUUUACUUGAUUCGUGGCAAUGGCGGACGGAGGACCCCCUGACGAUGAUAUUUCGCUGCCGAGAACGGCUGUGAAUAAGUUGAUAAAGGAGAUGUUGCCAAACAUGCGUAUAUCCAAUGACGCAAGGGAGCUGGUUCUCAACUGCUGUACAGAGUUUAUACAUCUACUGGCGGCAGAGGCCAAUGAGGAGUGUGGUCGGCAAGCCAAGAAGACCAUUGGUCCUGAGCACAUCCUUGCUGCACUGAAGGAGCUAGGUUUUGAUCAUUAUGUCCCUGAGGUUGAGGAUGUCUUGGAGGAUUACAAAGUCCAGGCAACGCAAAACAAGCGGAAAGCAACUAAACUAGAGGACCUGGGAAUACCGGAGGAAGAGUUGCUGCGUCAGCAAGAAGAACUCUUUGCCCAGGCCCGUAUGCAGCAGCUUCAGAUGGAUCAAGAGGAGCAAGCGCGUGUUGCUGCAGCUAUGGCCACUGCUUCAGCGGACAACGGUGCUACUGGUCUUGCUGCUGCUGCUGCUGCUGCUGCUGGUGUAAGUAGUAGUAGCAGUGAUGCCGCCGCCGCCACGGCUGGUAUGUCAGCUGCACAGCGACAGCUAGCACAGUUCCAGGCGAUCGCAGCCGGAGCUCUCCCUCCACCAGCAGCGGCCGUAGCACCAUUCAACCCGGCUGGUAAUACCUCGGCGUAGCACCACAGUAUGGCCAAGUGUUUAGAAUAGAAAACACUCGUACGGUACUGCUGCAGAGCUCUGCGACUGUGCUCCCGAGUGACUGCAGAGCUCUGCGACUGUGCUCCCGAGUGACUGCAGAGCUCUGCGACUGUGCUCCCGAGUGACUUGUACAAAUGUGUAGAAACGUUACCCAGGCACUGGUUGAUGUCAAUGAGGAGGCACAGUUCAGCUAGGCAGUGCGGAGCACCAGGCGGCACUUUACUUGCAGAACAUUGAUGAGUUGUCCGUACUGUGGCGCAACCAGUGCUGUGACAUGUACAUACUCUCUAUACAUAUACCCUAUACCCUAUAUCCUAUAUCCUAUAUCCUAUACCUCUGCUAUGCAUGGACACUGUGACUGGUAUUGCUAUCUAGUCUAGGCUAAUGUCCCUAUACCACUCUCGUACUGUACUGGAUUCCUUGGCCUUGGCAUUGGCCUUUGCCCUACACCAGUCUCAUACUGUACUGGAUUCCUUGGCCUUUGCCUUGUGAUCCUGUGUAUCGUUGUAUUGUGUGUUGUUGUACUGUGUGGAGGAUAUUGUACAUAGCAACAACAUGCCUGUUUGUCCUCCGCACUGCAUGUACCACUGUAUACCGCUCGCCAUGAAACUAACGCCGUCACACACGCGUGUGCGCACUCGUGUUGCUUACAAAACUCAUUUUCUCGUCAUCUCCCAGCGGAGAUCAGGAGAUCAUACUUCAGGACUGUAUUGAUUUGAGAAGCAAGUUGUCCCCAUCCUACUCAUCCUACCCAUCCUACUCAUCCUACUCAUCAUCCUACUCAUCCUACUUCCAUAACACUUGAAAACUCUGAAUAUUCUCACCAUCAAAAAAUCAACCUCAUCAUGUACAUGAUACUUGCCUACCUAUUUUUCCCAUCAAUACAAUAAUGUUCCUUCUUUUCCCUGUGAAACUCUUCAACAUUGCCUGUUUUGCUGCUGCUGCUGCUCCUGGUGUUGUUGUUGUUUUUGUCGUCGUUGUCGUCGUUGGUGUCGCCGUUGUGUUGAAAGAUACGUUCUCUGCUGUGA